UUUACGUCAUUGUCCUCAUUCAUUCACUCAUUGGGGAAAUCCUAAUCAUAUUUAUUAUCGUUUUGUACUUUUCGACUAAAUACGUUUUUAAAUUCAAAGUUCAGUGUGACUAACAGUCGUUGUUUUAAUCCGGAGAAAACACUACGUUCUGUUAUUGAUUAACUGUUUCUUGGGUUGUGAUUUUAGUGCCGUCUAUUAGAAGUGUUUAUAGUUCGUCACAAUGGCUAGUAAUACUCCGUCCGCUCCCAGCGACCUUCCACCCGCGUAUUCGGAGGUCGUCGGUAAUCCGCAGUACGGGUUCGUGGCUCCAGAGGGUUCGUUCGCAGAUCCUCACGCUGCGUACAAGCCGUCGUUUACCCCAGCGGGGGUGUACCCGCACCCGCCCAGCGGGGCCACGACGGCACAGCCCCAGCCGGGCGUGCCGCCGCCGCCGCCGGGCGCCGUUCCCGUGGGGAUCGUACUGCCGCAGGCGGUGGGCAGCGAGCCAACGACCAUCACCUGCUUCAACUGUGGGAAAGUAGUCACCACCAGAGUUACAUACACAACAGCCUGGCAUACCCAUUUAGUAGCUGGAUCAGUGUGUGUUAUCACAAUGGUGUGCUCUCUGUGCUGCCUCGGGCUGGUGCCAUACUGCUUCGACACGUUCAAGGACGCGGAACACUACUGCCCCAACUGCAACACAUUUGUCGGAAAGAGCAACAAAUGCUAAACAUUCUUAUGAAUUUUUACCCUCUUACGAGUUGACAAUAGCAAUGACUUAUUAGCUAACCCCCUUAUUCAUAACCGUUUACUAAAGUUAACAAGCCGAUAAUAAUUGUUUGUCCCUUUCCGACGUAUUGGUAUGAUGAAAAGGGACAAAUUAUUAUUAUCGGCUUGUCAACUAUAGUAAAUAUUUAUGAAUAAGGGGGUAAUUAUCUAUCUUAUUGUGCCCUUCAAUAAGCCCUUGAUUAAGAUAGUUACAUUUCCAAGUUAGUUUUUAACUAUUGUACUAGUACCACAUCCAUCUUAGUGCUGCUUGAAUUAUAUCAUGGCCUAUCAAUUUUAUAUACUUUUGCCUCAUAUUCUUUUUAUUUUUACAUUUAGCGCAUAUACAAAUGUUGUAAAUUAUGUACUAUUUUUAUAAUGAAAUCUAGCACUAUUUUAUUAUUCAGUCUAAGCCUCAUGAACAUUGUAAGACAUGAAUUAGCUGAAAUAAUAAUUCUGUGGUACUAGUGAAUAAGGGUAUUGCGCAGCUUAGAUGUAUAAGAUAAGGUCAUAAGUGUUAGGAACUUACUCCCUUUCACGCCUGCGCUGCGCGAGACUUGUACCUUUAUUCACUAAGGCCACAGAAUUUAGAUAGUAGAUUUAAUAAACUUUUACAUUUGAUAGAUUUAAAUAUAUGUAGUUAUCAACCAUAAGUACCAUACAUAAUUUUGUACUGCCAGCGGGCUUAAUACAAGAGCGCCACUACAGUAUCUCGCCCACGGGAUUACCCGUCCCUCCCUAAUUAAUACAGUUAGGAAAAAACGGGUAGUCUUUCUUGCGCGCAAAAUACUGUGCUAAGCCCAACACAGGGCAAAAGAAAUGUUUGUGACAAUAUCUUGAAAAACUAUGCAGAUACCUAUGUAAUGUUUUCUACAUUAUAAAACAAAUAUGUAUAAACAUACCUAGGUACCUACUGAUUGUGAUUAAUUAUUAUUUUUGUUCCACUAAAGAUUUGCAGAACUGUAAGUAAUUGCCAGUGCUAACUACAAAAUAAGUAAUGGUUUAUGUGUCAUAUUUAGUGAUGAUAAAUUUGAAUUCAAUGGAUGUAAUUAUGAUAUUCGCAUUUUAUGGCUAGUAUGGAAUAUACCGUCAGGUGACAAGCAAAAGUCACUAAUUACUAAAAAAAUUUAAAUAAAAAUCGACCUUCUUUUAGUACUAAUAUGGUUCACUAUGGCUAUGAACUUGUGGUGGUACUUAGUGACUUUUGCUUGUCACCCAACGAUACAUCCUUGUAAAUUUAACGAAUUCCCAAAAGCUUUGGCUGAGAAUGAGGGGUGUAAAAUGCUGCUUAUAAAUAAGUUAAAUGAAGUAACUUUCGUUUUUCGACUAAGUAGCUUUUUUACCAUGUAGUAUUACCAAAUAAGCACCAUUUAUAUGGUUUACUAUGUAUACGUGUUUAAUUUGCUGUUGUGGUUGCUUUUCAUAUAUCAUUGUGCUUAUAUUCUUUUCAAGCCAGGUUGACAUGCUAUAAACCCUGAUAGUGAUAUCCCACAUCUAUAAGUUAUAUUGAUAAUUACCUACAUCAAAGGCAACUUACUUUUCGAACAUUCCAAUACUAACCGGCAAUUAUUUGUCACAAGAGUUAUUUUAGUACAAUAUAAAUCCAAUGUUAAAUUUAAAUCCACUUUACUACGGAGUACAGACUACAAAAGACUAAUUUUUAUUAUAUACCUAUUACCUAUGUAUAUUAGGUGUGAGGUGCCAAUUGUAAACGUUUUUAUGAUUCAAAAUAAAAUCAGGUAAAAUUG